AUGGUGGGAUUGACGGUGGCGGUCAUCUUAGACAACAUGAUAGAAGUGGAGAAAUCGAAGAAAUAUAGAGGAGGAGGAGGUGCUGGUGUUAUUGAUGUUGUUGCAAAGUUUGGUGCAAAGGCAGACGAGAAAACUCCAUUGUUGGAUGCUUGGAAUGAAGCAUGUUCCUCGACAUCUCCGGCAAAAAUUGUGAUUCCUAGAGGGAUAUAUUUUUUAAGUACAACUACCUUAGAUGGUCCUUGCAAGGCUCCUAUUGAGCUUCAAGUUGAAGGCACUGUGAAGGCUCCGGCAGACCCUGGUGCUUUCAAGGAGCCUAAAUGGACUGCCUUCAAUAGAAUUGAAAAUUUUAAAUUUUCUAGCGGAGGAGUUUUCGACGGCCAGGGAGCCAUUGCAUAUAAAAGGGAAGGUUGCGAAAAGCAUGAUUAUCGUGAUUCACUUCUUAUUGAUGGAAAAAUAUUUUUCGAACAUUUCACUGUAUCUGCACUUGGAGAAAGCCCAAACACAGAUGGGAUUCACAUCAGGAGAUCAGAUGGGGUCAAUGUUCUUAACACGGAGAUAAAAAUCGAUGAUGAUUGUGUUUCAAUUGGGGAUGGGUCCAAAAAUUUGGUUAUCAAUGGAGUAACUUGUGGACCAGGACAUGGUAUCGGUAUUGGCAGUCUCGAAUUGUUUAAAAAUAAAGAACCUGUUGAUGGAGUUACAGUAAAAAACUACUGUAACACCCCUCACCCGUUUCAAUGCCGGAAUAGGGUUACAUAG